UUCACCGCGCUUUCUAGUGCUAAAUCUCAUUCAGAUUUGUCCAGACAAGGUGGCAGGGACGUGUUUUUAUUAUUUUAGUAUACUAUUAGGUAAGGCAUGGCUUCCGGAGAACCCAAAAGCAAGAAAAUCAAACUUGAGGAAAAGACGAUCAGUGAAAAUGCUCUUUUUGGCAUGGGAAAUCCCCUACUAGACAUGUGUGCAGUGGUGGACAAGGAUUUUCUUGACAAAUACGGGCUCAAGCCGAACGACCAGAUUUUAGCAGAGGAAAAACACAAAGAAAUGUUCGAAGAAAUACGCAAGAAGUUUAAUGUGGAGUACCAUGCUGGUGGCGCUACCCAGAACUCAGUGAAAAUUGCCCAGUGGAUGAUUCAGGAACCGCAUAAAGUGGCCACCUUCUUCGGGUGCAUCGGCGAAGAUGAGUUUGGACAGAUUCUGAAGCAGAAGGCAGAAGAGUGCCAUGUGGACGCACAUUACUACGAGCAGAGCGAGGAACCGACAGGGACCUGCGCUGCCUGCAUCACAGGAGACAACAGGUCUCUUGUUGCUAAUCUAGCAGCUGCCAACUGCUAUAAGAAAGAAAAACAUCUGGACCUUGAGGAGAACUGGAAGCUGGUAGAAAAAGCUAAAGUCUACUAUAUUGCUGGUUUCUUCUUGACCGUGUCCUUGGAGUCGAUCCUGAAGGUGGCGAAGCAUGCCUCGGAGAACAACAAGAUCUUCUGCAUGAACCUCUCUGCUCCCUUCAUUAGCGAGUUCUUUAAAGAUUCGCUAAUGAAGGUCAUGCCCUACGUGGACAUCCUGUUCGGCAACGAGGCGGAGGCUGCCACGUUCUCGCGCGAGCAGGGUUUCGAGACAGAGAACAUAGAGGAGAUUGCCAAGAAGGCCCAAAGCUUACCCAAGGAGAACAAGAAAAGGAAGAGGAUUGUGGUCUUUACUCAGGGCAAAGAGGGCACUGUAAUGGUCAAAGAUGAAAAGGUGGAAACAUUCCCCGUUAUAGAGAUCGACCAGAAAGAUAUCGUGGACACAAAUGGAGCUGGAGAUGCAUUUGUAGGAGGUUUCCUGUCUGAGCUGGUGCAGGAUAAGUCUCUGGAGCAGUGUAUCCGUGCCGGACACUAUGCUGCUAACGUCAUCAUUAGACACUCAGGCUGUACGUUUCCAGAGAAGCCUGACUUCCACUGAAAGACAAGUGAACUUUGCCAUCUCUGAGUUAUAAAAUUGAUGCCUUCCCCUCAGUGUUUAAUUUUUUUUGUUUUUUUUUUUUUGUUUUUUUAUCCUCUUCCUUUAGUCUUGUGUUAUUCAUUCCCUUCUCAUGUUCAGACUUCUGUGCCUCUGCUUUACAGCAGCCAGUCCCAUAGCAUGAUGUCAUCAUGCAAGCCUUUUACUUCAUAACGAUCUAAUGUUUACAACCAAAGCAACCGUCUCUAUAAUUAGAAAUAAUGUUUUUACUGUUUUUAUUACGAUUAUUUCUCUUCCCCGUACUUCAAACAUGCACAGAAGUCAUGUGCAAUGAUAAUGACCACUUUGUCUCUAUUUGAGCUGGACAGAAUUGUGUAGUGUUUCUUUUAUCCAAGAAACACAAACUAAAUGUCUUGUCUUGAACAGUUUGGAUUUAUUCCAGUUCGUUUCAUAAAGUGUUUUUAAAGGCCAGUUUUGAGCUAUUUUUGUGCUCACGUUUAAUUUUGUAAUAAGGAAAGAACACGCAUGCAUGUGUGUAUAUGUGGUGAUGUAUCUGUAUCUACACGGUCUACACAAGUGAUACUCAGUGUACACAAUAAAAAUACAUUGCCUUCUUCACGA